AAAAGCCAGAGUUGGUAUAAUGUGCUGAGCCCCACGUACAAGCAGCGCAAUGAGGAUUUCAGGAAACUCUUCAAGCAGCUCCCGGACACUGAGCGCCUCAUCGUGGAUUACUCAUGUGCCCUCCAGAGGGACAUUCUCCUGCAGGGCCGCCUCUACCUCUCCGAGAACUGGAUCUGCUUCUACAGCAACAUCUUCCGCUGGGAGACACUGCUGACAGUUCGCUUGAAGGACAUCUGCUCCAUGACCAAGGAGAAGACAGCCCGGCUCAUUCCCAAUGCCAUCCAAGUUUGCACUGACACUGAAAAGCACUUUUUUACCUCCUUUGGGGCCCGGGACAGGACGUACAUGAUGAUGUUCAGACUGUGGCAGAAUGCUCUGCUUGACAAGCUACUGCGAAGAAAUCCCCGUGGAGGAGAAUGAAGUCAAUGACAGCUCCUCCAAGAGCAGCAUGGAGGCCAAGCCCGAAGCCAGCCCUCAGCUGCCAAAGAAAUCUGUCACUGCCAGCACCCUGACCUCCACAGGCAGCAGUGAAGCCCCAGCCUCGUUCGAUGGAGUGCUCCCAGAGGAGGAGGAGGCAGUGGCAGAGAGUCCUGUGGAGAAGGACCUUGGCAUUGCCAACAUCAUGGGAGAGAAAAUCGACAUCAUUGGCCCUGUGAACUCCCCCUCCCUGGACUUCAAUGACAACGAGGACAUUCCCACAGAGCUCAGCGACUCCUCAGACACCCACGAUGAAGACAAUGUACAAGGCCAGCCAGGAGAGCGAGUGCUACGUCAUCGACGCCGAGGUGCUCACCCACGACGUGCCCUACCACGAUUAUUUCUACACCAUCAACCGCUACACCCUGACUCGCGUGGCCAGGAACAAAAGCCGACUCAGGGUUUCCACAGAAUUGCGCUACAGGAAGCAGCCCUGGGGGCUGGUGAAAUCCUUCAUUGAGAAGAAUUUUUGGAGCGGCCUGGAGGAUUAUUUCCGUCACUUGGAGAGCGAGCUGACCAAAACAGAGAGCACGUACCUGGCUGAGGUGCACAGACAAUCCCCCAAAGAGAAGGUGAGCAAGCAAUCCACGGUGCGGCGGCGGAAACGCGCCCACGCCCACCUGAGGGUGCCCCACCUGGAGGAGGUGCUCAGCCCCGUGACCACCCCCACGGAUGAGGAGGUCGCCCAUCGAAUCAAGCACGUGGCAGGUUCCACUCAGACACGGCACAUCCCUGAGGAGAGCCCCAGUGGCUUCCACCUGCAGAGCGUCUCCAAGCUGCUCCUUGUCAUCAGCUUUGUGUUACCCCAGUCUCAGACAGAGUGGGCCCAGUUGCUGGAGUCCCAGCAGAAGUACCACGACUCCGAGCUGCAGAAAUGGCGCGAGAUCAUCAAAUCCUCCGUGAUGCUCCUGGACCAGAUGAAGGAUUCUCUAAUAAACCUCCAGAAUGGAAUCGGGUCCAGGGACUUCGGGUCAGAUCCAGAGGAGAAAAGGAAACGUUUCCAUUGACAGGCAGGAAUGCAGGAGGCCAGAGGACGGUGUGCAAUAUGUGUAAAUAGGAUAUAUAAAUAUAUAUAUAAAUAUAUAUAUAUAUACAGAUAUAAAUAUAUAUAUUAUAUACAGAUUUUAAGAGAAAAAAAAAAGAAGAAAAAAACCAAGAAAAAAAAAAAGCCUAAAGAGGGGAAGGAGUGACCUCCAACACUGGCUGAACUGGAGGGGCUCUGGGAGUGUGGGGUGUGUGUGUGAGGGAGGGCUGUGCUCUCCCAGCACUGGGGUGUGCUUAGGGCAGUGCCCAGCUCUGCUCCCUGGGCCCGUGCACUGCUCCUCUGGAAUAUUGCUGUCUGUCUGUCUGUCUGUUCUGUUUCUGUUGUCUCAAAGGGAAGCAUCAGUGUGAGUGCCCCCCAUCCCCUCCCUGUGCAUGGAGCUCCCUGCUUUGCUCUGCUGUCCCCCAAGGGGACACUGUCACCCCCUCACCUGCUGGCACACGGGGUUGGCAAUGCUGCCAACCCUGGCAAAGCUGCUUUGGAGAGGAGGGGCAGCUGCUGUGGCUCUCUGGAGAUUUUGGAAUUUGCUGUCAGGCUGGCUCAGAGAGCAGAGCACAGAGCUGCAAUCCCUUCCACAACGCCCCUGUGCUGCUCCUGCCCCCCAGGUGGGUGUGACAGUGUGACAGUGUGACAGUGUGACAGUGUCCCCUUUACCUGUGCUCUGCCACCCCUGGGCUGCAGGUCUGCAUCGAUGCUGGAAUCACCACCCAGAUUUAAACACAAAACCAAAAUUAGGAUGGAUUUGCACACACUCCCACCACCCAGCUCAGCAAAUCUCUCUGCUGUUUGUUCACCCAGCCCUUGUCUUGUUAAAUCUGUGGGGGAAAAAAAAGGGGGGAAAAGCAACAGCUUCCUUUCCUGGAUAAAUUCACAUAAUUGUAUCUAUGCAGCAACAGCCAUCACUGUGCAUAUUUAUGUGACUGCAUCUGUGGAGCAACGAGGCUUCCAAAAAUCCAGGAGAGGUCAGGAAGGGCCACAGGGAGCAAGGGAGGGCAGGAAAAAGGGCCCAUCAGAGGGUGGCAGGGCAGAGCUGGCUGUGAGGCACACACACCAGCCCUGGAGGGCAGCCAGGUGCUGGAGCUGCACUCACAAACAGCCAAAUGUGCAUUUUGUGCUCUUCUGGGGCAGAAUUCCAGACUCCAUUAGCAGCCAGGUGGGGAAGAGGGGCAGCUUGGCUGUGUGUGCGAUGCUCAAACUCCUCUGGGACUGCAGUGGGGGUCAGGCUGAUUCUUGGAGGGUUUAAUAAAGGAUUUGGCCUCUUCCCCAGCCAGGUGGAUGAGGGGGAUGUGAAUCCAGCUUUGUCCAGCUGGGAUUUUUCCACCUUCUGAGUGGCAGGAGGGAGGCAGCUGCACAUCCCCGGUUUGGAAAUGGUGCAAGUGUGACUCCUCCAGUUAAAUGAUGAAUAACUGGUCUCACACCAUUCUGUAGCACAGAAUAUCCUCAGUGCAGCCUGAGGAAAACCCUCCAAGCUCCCCCUUCCCAAUGGAGGCAGGAGUAACCUGAUGAUUCCUCCCCAUGCCCCCACACCAGAUCCCAUGUGCAGGAGCAUGGAUGGAGCCAGCCCAUCAAAAGGACAUUUCAGACUGUGAAAGCAAGCUCCAGCUGGGGAAAACCAGACAGUAAUGGCUAUUUAUGACUAUUUAUUUAAUUUAAUGCUGCUGACUACUGUACUGCUCCCUGGCUUUUCUCCCAGGGAGGCUGCUGAAAUGGCUGCUGUACCAUGAAAUUGAGGUGCUAGGGCCUGGGCAGGGAUUUCUGGGGCUCAUUUUCCCCACUGGGACUUGCCAGACUGCCCCAGAGUCCCCCUUUCCCCUCUAACCCACUCCCACAAUUACCAAGCACACAGGAUCCCCCUGCUGCUGGGAUUUCCCUCUGCUAGAAUUGAAUUCCAAGCUCCAAGCAGGAGACACAGAGGAAGCUCUGGGAUCCAGGAGAGAGCACACUGUGAAAGGGGAACCUGGAAUGGGGGGGUCUCCUCCACCUGGAGACAGAGAAAUCAUGGAUAAAUGCUGCUGAUCAGUGUUUGCUGCUCACACCCUCUCUGUUAGGGAGGCAAGGAAUCCUUGUUCUCACCCUAAAUCCUUCCUCCUGUGCAGAUUUCCACUGCAGGCUCAGGAUGUUCCCUCAGGCUGGGCUCCAGAGACAGAACUAUUUAAAAUCACUGUUUAAAAUCACUGUUAAAAAUCACUGUUAAAGCUCUGUUAAUCAGGCCAGGCAGCUGUAGCAAUCCCAACACUGACAUUUGUCCUACCUGCUCAUUAAAAUGGGUUUUUUUAAUUGGUUGACACUCAGCAAUGUGAAAUCCUUCAGUGAGAACACAAGGGCAACAAGCAGGACCUGUCCUUCACACUGAGGGAGGUUUCUCUUUGAGGCUUUAGGGAUUUCUGUUUUUUCCAGUUAUUUCUUUUUCCCACUUGGCAGCCUUGGAGUUGGAUGGGAGUCACAAUCUUGUUUUGCCUCUUAAUCUCUCACAGUAGUGAUAAAAAGGGGAAAAGCAAGGACUUAAAGCACUAAGGGUGAGGGUUUGAAGAAAACCUUGGAGUUUUCAGUUCCUCUGGAGAGCUGGGACAGGAAUCAGCAUCCCCAGCUGAAAUUAACUCCCAGGUCCUUUCGUGCUGGAGCCAGUUUUGGAUUUAAUUUGCUGGAGGGGUCAGUGACACUCUCUGGGAGUGAGAGGCCUGGGUGAUGUUACAGAGGGUGCUGCUUCCCCAGCUCCCACAGCCACGCAGGGUUUGGCUUCUCCCCUUGCUCACCCACCAGAAACCCCCCUGGAUUCUUUCCAGGUGCAUUUUCCCUCCCAGCCUGACCCUUCCACCUGCACAGCUGUGGGGUUUGGUCUGCAGGAUCUGAACAACCACCAAAACAGCGAUUUUUUAUUUAUUAUUUUCAUUUUUAUAAAGGCAUUUCUCCAGCCAAGCAUGCACAAGCAAUGCCAACAGCUUGUAGCCUAAUUCCUACCAAGGAAGAUGCUUUUGGUUUGAUUUUCAGGAUCUGAACAACCACCAAAACAGGGAUUAUUUUUAAAUUAUUUUUAUUUUUUAAAAGGCAUUUCCCCAGCCAAGCAUGCACAAGCAAUGCCAACAGCUUGUAGCCUAAUUCCUACCAAGGAAGAUGCUUUUGGUUUGAUUUGCAGGAUCUGAACAACCACCAAAACAGGGAUUAUUUUUAAAUUAUUUUUAUUUUUUAAAAGGCAUUUCCCCAGCCAAACAUGCACAAGCAAUGCCAACAGCUUCUAGCCUAAUUCCUGCUAAGGAAGAUUCUUCCUGUUGGGAGAAGGGGGAGCAGGAGGCUCUGAUCCACCAGUUUGUGACACAAACCUUGGCACAGCCUCACCCCUGAUAAAUGCACACCUUAUCUCGGCUUAUCUUAGAGCUCUGUCAGCUGGAUUUGAGUCCUGGAUCAGUGCAAGCAGGCAUUUCCUGAGUGGAUACCAGAGGUUUCUGCCUGUGAAGCCUCUGAGGGACAAAAAUCCAGGUGAUUCCAGAUAGAGCUGCCCAAGAGAGUGGAAGAGAGUGAAUAUGGGAAAAUAAAAGGCAGAGAGGCGCUUGCAGUGGAAGGAGUUGCUGUGGGUUAACAGGAUAAUGAGGUUUUGGGUGCUCUGCACUCCAGGCACUCCUCAGUCACCAGACUGUGCUGUGAGCUCAAACUGACUGAUCCUGGCUUGUGUCUGAGCCCUCCCUGCCUCCCUGGAGUCCUUUGGGAGAGGAGAGGAGGGACACAAGCCUUUGCUGUCCCCUGAGCUGCCUGUGUGACACAUUUACACCUCUGGCUGCUGGAUCAUUCUAAAGCAGAAACUUUAGGCACAGGAAAUGUCUCCAGUGCAGUGUGACCCUGGGCUGGCAGAGGAAAGGUCUCAGAGCACAAGGCUUUGCUGGAUUUGGAGCCCUGAAGGCUCAAAGCUGCCUUUGAGAUAACAGGACAUGUAUUCCCCUCUAGGAAUGCUAAUCCUGGAAUGCUAAUCCUUGUCUUUAUCAGACAGCUUCAGCAGCUCACCUGGGUGUAGAUAAGGACAGAUUUUCAGCCUCCUUGGCUCCUCUGCACUGUCCUGUCAGUGACAUAAGAGUCUGGUCUUACCUUUAUGCAACAAGGUAGAAAUUUCUUCUCCAGAGAGUGGCUGGAGACACUUUGGGUCAGGGUAUUUGAGGCCUUUUGUGUUUGCUCUGGUGUGCUGCAGCAGCUGUUCUCCCCAGGAGCCCAGAAGCAAACUCCUGAUGUACAGCUGCAACUGUCUGCUUCCACAUUCCAUAGAAAAUCAGUGUUAAAAUCACUGUUUAAAGCAGCAGUGCCGGCUCAGGGGGGCAGCUCUGUCCUGUGUGCCCAGGCAGCUGCUGCCACCCCCAGCUGUUGAUGGAUGAGUGCUUUGUGCACUGCCUGCUCAGCUCCAAGGGGGUUUACCCAUGGAUCUCACUGCACAGCCCAUGGCACAGGCCCCUGGGCUCUGGAUUUGUCCUUUCAGCCUCAGCACCACUCAAAAUACCUGGCAGGGGCUUGCUUAAAACACAGCUCAGAACAGAGACUCUGGGACCAAAGCUCCUGAGGGAAAUGGCUCACAGGGCACCUGUGCCAGGGUGGUUCCUGUGCUGACUUUCCAGCCAUUUCCCCACUGGAUGUGCCCUGAUCUCUGAGCUCACAGAGCACCUGUGCCAGGGUGGUUCCUGUGCUGAUUUUCCAGUCUGUUCCUCACCAGACAUGCUCUGAUCUCUGUGGCUCACAGAACAUCUGUACCAGGAUGGUUCCUGUGCUCUCUGAGCUCACAGAGCACUGCCAGAGUGGCUCCUGUGCUGAUUUCCUGUCUGUUCCCCACUGGACAUGGUUGGAGCUCUGUGGCACACAGGGCACCUGUGCCAGGGUGGUUCCUGUGCUGAUUUUCCAGUCAGUUCCCCACUGGACAUGCUCUGAUCUCUGUGUCUCACAUAACACUUGUGCCAGGGUGUUUCCUGUGCUCUCUGAGCUCACAGGGCACCUGUGCCAGGGUGGUUCCUGUGCUCUCUGAGCUCUGUGGCUCACAGAACACCUGUGCCAGGGUGGUUCUUGUGCUGAUUUUCAGUCUGUUCCCCACCGGACACGCUGUGAUCUCUGUGCUCUGCGGUCUCUCCAGCACGAGUCUCUCUGUGCCAUAAAUCCUCUCUUUUCCCAGAUGUGCACGCUGGCCAAACACUCUCGUGUCUUGGGUGACUGUGAUCGAGGCCAUUCCCUGAUCUUGGCAGCCAGCAUGGGCUUCUCUUAGCAUGGAUCCAUGGCAUGCCGUGCCCCCCUCCUCUCCCACACGUUUUGCAGUGCUUGCUUUGGCUUUUCCCUGUCCCCUCCCACCUCUGCUGCUGGACAAUCAUUACCUGUGUCAUAGAUGGUCUGACCUGGUGCUGUCCCUGCCUGCCUUCCCCUCCUGCAGUCUGUAUGCUCUUCAAGUGAAUGUGUUUUAUUUUAUUUUAUUUUAUUUUAGGUUUUUUUUUUCAGUAGGGAAAAGGACUUCCUUCUGCUGAAGGAGUUAUAUUUGCACAUGGCUCGGGGGGGUUCCUCCCCUGGCCGUUUCUGUUACCUCACUCAUUUAGGCCAAUUCCAUUGCUAACGUUCAAGGCCACCUUCCCUGACCCCAAACCCUGAGAGUAGGUAGGGAAUGAACCCCGAUGUGGAGCUGCCCAGUGGAACUGGGAUUUGGGGGAGCAGCUGAUACAGCUCCAUCCAGCAGGGAGGUGGAGCCUGUGCCGUGCACGUCAUCCCCAUCUCCACAUUCCCACCUCCUGGGAAAUGGCCCCUGGAGAGCAGGGAUGGAGGCACCAACCUGGCUCUGGGCUGGAUGUGGAGGGAGGGAAGAGCAGCAGAGCAGUGGCAGCACCACAACCUCCCAGGGCAGCCUGGGACAUCACCAUUCCUGUGGGAUUUCAUCUCCCACCAGUGCUCCAGGGCUGGAGAAAGCUGCUAAAACCCUGGGGUUGUUCUCCCCACAUGGGUUUUGUCCUCCCCACCUGGGUUUUGUCCUCCCCACCUGGGUUUUGUUCUCCCCACCUGGGUUUUGUCCUCCCGCCCUGCUCCUGUAGUUCCUGGGAUGAUGAACAAAGCUCUGCUCUCCUCAGCACAGCACAGGAGCAGCUCCUACAACCACCCCAGGCACUGCAUCCCUGCUGGAAUCCCCUCCAGAAGCAGGGGGCUGCUGGCUGAGGUGACUCUGGGGUGGGUGGGGGAAGGAUUGUGGGUUUGUUUUAGGACUUGUCCCGACUGUCAGAAACUUUGCGCUGUGCGCAAAACAAAAAAA